AUGCACCGAACGUAUUCUAUGCGCCAGACCCGCGCGCCCACGGCCUCGCAGCUUCAGAGUCCGCCGCCGCCCCCAUCGUCCACCAAGUCUGGUCGUUUCUUUGGGAAGGGAAGCUUGGGAUUGACUGAGAUGGCUCUCACGUCGAUCCUGGCUCCUAUCGUCGUAUCCGCCUCAAGGGCAAAGCGUUACUGGUGUCAGCUAACUGAUGAGGCAGGCCAUGCUCUCCGCGGCCGAGCCGGUGGCGCCUUCGGGCCAGAUCUGGCCAAGAAGUUAUCCCAGCUCGUGAAGAUGGAGAAGAAUGUUAUGCGAAGCCUGGAGCUCGUCGCCAGGGAGCGCAUGGAUGUGGCCCAACAAUUGUCCCUUUGGGGCGAAGCCACCGACGAAGAUGUCUCUGACGUCACUGACAAGAUCGGUGUUCUCCUCUACGAAAUCGGCGAACUUGAAGAUCAAUACGUCGACCGAUACGACCAAUAUCGCAUUACCAUGAAGAGCAUCCGUAAUAUCGAGGCAUCUGUCCAGCCUAGCCGGGACCGUAAACAAAAAAUCACCGACCAGAUCGCCCAGCUAAAGUACAAGGAACCCAACUCUCCCAAGAUCGUGGUGCUGGAACAGGAGCUAGUCCGCGCCGAGGCCGAAUCGCUCGUGGCAGAGGCCCAGCUCUCCAAUAUCACACGCGAAAAGGUCAAAGCUGCUUAUUCUUACCAGUUCGAUGCCCUCCGCGAACACUGCGAGAAGGUUGCCAUUAUUGCCGGCUACGGAAAACACCUCCUAGAGCUGAUCGACGACACUCCCGUGACUCCUGGCGAAACCCGAGCGGCGUAUGACGGCUAUGAAGCCAGCAAGGCCAUCAUCCAAGACUGCGAAGAUGCCCUUACCAACUGGGUCACCGCCAAUGCCGCCGUGAGCUCCAAGCUCUCUACCCGAUCGCGAACUUUGUCUCAGCGACGCCGUAAUACUAUCCAAGCCAGAGAAGAGGGCCACGACUUAUCUCACCAGGAUGUACCGCUGAACGACAACCAGUCAUGGGAAGCGCGAGGUGUAGAACCUGAAAGCGAAGCAGAAGAGGAGGAGGAGGAAGAGGAGGAGCGUCACCACUCUGUUAUAGGCAGUGACGGUGGUAUGAAUGGUGAGACACGAGGCCGAUCCCAAGAAGUUCUCGCGGCUUAAGACGCCCGGCAACAUAUUACACAACAAAGAAAAGAAAAACUAAAGAAAAAUAAAAGCUAGGGGCAGGUAAAUGAGAUCCUCGGGCUUGGAAAGCAGGGGCUAAUACCAGUAAUGUCGUCGAUUUGAAUGCCGCUAACUUGGCGGAGGAGUUUUGGACAAGGCUGGGUUUAUCGCUUGGCUGGGUAAAUUUGCUUUAAUACUCUUAUC